CUCUCUAUUCUCCCAAGAGAACUGCCGACAUAUGGUAGCAACUCAUUACCCCAAAGAUAACAAACAACUACCUCAAAAUAGCUCUGCCUACAGUACAGUGCAGCAUCAACAAUGGCUCCCAUCGGCGUAGCAUUGAUCGGCGGAGGCUUGUUCGCUAAACAGGCACACAUGCCUGCUAUCAUGAAGGCAGAUAAUCUCGCCCUCAAGGCCAUCUACUCCCGUUCUCUCAAGUCGGCCAAGGAGACGGCUGCCCUGAACACCCGCUCCGGCCAAGACCCGGACUUGUACUCGGCCGAUUCGGGAUCCGGCAAGUCUUUUGACGACCUUCUUGCUCGUGAAGACAUUGAAGCCGUCAUCAUCGCAUUGCCCAUCCCGAGCCAGCCCGAGCACAUCAGAGCUGCUCUUGCUGCUGGCAAGCAUGUCCUUGCCGAGAAGCCGCUUGCGCCCACCGUAGCUGAUGGCAAGAAGUUGAUCGAGUACUACCGUAGUCUGGGAGACAAAGCUACCUUCUCGAUUGCAGAGAACUUUCGGUACAAGCCAUCGUUCGACUAUGCCGCUGCGGAGGCCUCCAAGCUCGGAAAGCUGCAGCACUUCAGUGUACGUGUGUUCUUCUACAUGAGCGAGGAUUCUCAAUGGUACGGCACCGCUUGGCGCGCAAAGCCCGAGUUUCAGGGUGGUUUCCUGCUCGACGGCGGAGUGCACUUCUCUGCAGCGACACGACAGCUCCUCACAGAUCCAGCAGUCGAUGUGACAGCCUUCACGACUCAGACACAACCUCACCUGGCACCAAUCGACACCGUGAACGCGGUGGUCCGACUCAAGAGCGGUGUAAGUGGCACGUACCAGCAGUCCUGCGGCUCCAAGAUGAGCACCUCAGUAUUCCAAUUCGGCUACGAGAAGGGCUCUGUGGUGGUCGACGGAGAUAAGGUGACCGUUACGCCGUGGGAUGGUGAGCCUGCUGUCAAAGAGUUUGAGAGGACGAGCGGUGUGACGGAGGAGGUUGAGGCGUGGUCGAAGGCGUUGGCUGAGGGAAGGCCGGAUAAAAGGCAGAGCGUCGAGGAGGCGUUGGCGGAUCUCGAGUUUUUGGAGUUGAUGUUUGAGAGUGGCCUCAAUGGAGGGCAGGCUAAGAAGUAUGAAUGUCAGUUGUGAAGGUGAGAUUUUGGUGCAAUUAACAAGUCGGUGUGUAAGUCAUUGAACAUAGUAGUAAUAUUGUGCCAGGAAUAUGAACAGGCAUCAUAUACAGCAGCUAAUAGUAAUACAAACGAAACAUUAGCCGAAUA